GGUACAUACGCACUGACGGUCGGUCGAACUCUGUAACCGGCCUUAAAGAGAUAUUUUCAGUGAAGAAUGCUAGUGAUUACGUUGAUGGAUUUGGAUUGCACUGGUAUCAUGAUGAGUGUAAACUAGCCACAGUUCUUACCAAAUUUCGCAAAAAAUAUCCAAAAAAAUUCCUGUUGAGUACUGAGGCUUGUGAAGGUUUCCAACCAUGGGCUGCUGGUGUACAACUAGGAUCUUGGCAGCGAGGCAUGAGCUAUAUGGAAAGCACUAUGGAGCACAUGAACCACGACGCGUCGGGCUGGAUCGAUUGGAACAUGGCACUGGACUUGAGCGGCGGUCCCAACUGGGUCAACAACGUGGUCGACUCGCCGGUCGUGGUGAAUGCGAGCGGAGACGAGUUCUACAAGCAGCCCAUGUUCUAUGCGCUGGGCCACUUCUCCAAGUUCAUCGGCAGUUGCGCCGUUCGCAUUGGCUGGCAAAUGAUGGGCGGAGCCAAGUGUUCUGACGUCACUGCUACCGCUGUCCAAAAUAAGGACGGCAGUGUGGUGGUGGUUUUGCAUAAUAGCGCCGAUUGUGGCAAAAUGUUGAAUAUUGAAGAUCCAUUAAAGGGUGUAGCUAAGAUCACCCUGAAACCCAAGUCUUUCACCACGAUGAUGUAUUGGUACUACUAAAAUUAUUAAUAUUUUAUGGUACUUAUUUGAAUAGAAUAGUAAUUAACAAAUAAAUGAAUAUAUUCCAUCAA